GUAUUAGGAUGCUGUUUCAUGACAGUCGAUAUGCCGAUUCUUGAUAACGUAAUAUGAACGUGUAUAUUCGCGGUUAAAAAUGCCUGAAAGACAAAAUUGGAUACUUUCAUUAAAUAUGAUAGAAUCCGCAAUAAAUACAUUACAAAGGUAUCGAUUAAGUAUAUUUUUAUCAAAAUCUAGAUAGAGCGUAUUAUUCUAAACAUUUCCCCAACCUAUAUUAUUCUACCCACCCAGAAAAUGGUUGUCCUUGCAUCACCUUUAGCAAUGUUGUUAGUGGUCUAGUAUAAUACGUAAAAUCUGUGGCGCGAAUACUUCAAGAUCCUUUACGCUCAUCAUCAACUCCAAGAUUACGAUCGGUAUUGAGAUGUAUCGCGCGAAUACUCGCGGAGCGUACGCUUUGUAGCAAAAUGGUCAGCCUCAGAGAGGAGACAGACUUCACCAGAAUCACAAUCAAGGAAGACAGACUGGCUCCAUGAAUCAAAUACCAAUGACAAUCUCGGAGCAGUUUAGACAAUCGUGGCUCACAGCUAUAAUUGGAUCCAUCAUGUUUGCCACUGGGAUGUGCCUUCUAUUUUGGAAUGAGGGAAGAGCCGUGAAAGUGGCACAUUCUUUAGACGAGGCUUUACGCAAUGUUGCUGUGCUUCCUAAUUCAAUGGUACUGUCACCUGAGCAUGAAGGCCGCUUGGUACAUCUAUCGGGACCUUUGAUGGUUUUUGAACCACUAACCGAGCCAGAUUAUGGAGUUGUUAUGUCCAGCGUGAAAUUAAAAAGAAGAGUUCAGAUGUAUCAGUGGAUUGAAAUCGAGGAGGAACAAAGUUUUGGUGGAAUAACAGAGGAUGAAAAGCACUACUAUUAUACAACAGAAUGGAAGGACAAACUUGUAGACUCUGACCAUUUCUAUAUUCGUACCAACCAUGAUAAUCCAAAGGAAAUGCCAAUCAAGAGUCAGAUACAGAUCGCGGACGAAGUGAAGAUCGGCGCAUUUACGCUCAGCAUGGAAUUGAAAAAAAAAUUUAAUGAUUUUGUGGAGAUUACGAGUGAUGAGAGACCAGAACGAAAGGACAUUAAGAUGCACUCUGGACUGUAUUAUCAUAGCGCAGAUUUAUGGAAUCCACAAGUGGGUGAUAUCAGAAUACAAUUCUCUUAUGCAGGAAAGAGCGGUGACAUUUACUCAGUGGUUGGCUUGCUAGAGAAAAAUACUAUCAAGCCAUAUUAUGCAUCUCAUGGUGAAGAGAUUUUGCUUCAACGAAAGCACAAAAUGUCAGUGGAUCAGAUGUUCCAUUUAGAGCAUGUGAACAAUUACUGGCGAACCUGGACCAUUAGAGGACUUGGCUGGUUGGUUCUAUUUGUGGCCGCAACAUGUUUAGCAAAUAUACUAAAAACCAUUAUAUUAAAUUCGACUUUCCUUUGUGGAAUAAUAGCAGUCGAGUCUUUAACUAUGUCAGUUUCCAUGUCCAUCAGUUUACUGGUGAUCGGCUUCGCUUGGGUGUGGUAUCGACCGAUAAUCGGUCUCUGUUUAGCGUUAGCAUCCGUUCUGCCAUUUAUUUAUUCGACAGUGACGUCAGGAUCUUCGUCUCAGCAGCAUGAUAAUUAUAGAAGGUUAUAAAUUAUAUAUAUACAUGUAUAUAUGUGUCUCCUUCCUGUAUUUCUGUUUUAAAUGUCAAUAAUAAAUACCAAUUUUACAUGCAA